GAUUUUUUUAUUGACUAACUUUGAAGAAUUUGUGAAAAAAAGUAAAACAUUUUGAGAAAAAAGUUUAAAACAUUUGGAGAAAAAAGUUUACAAUAUAAUAAUAAUCAUUAAUUGUAUCAUCUAACAAACACUACCUGUCAACGUGGUAGUUCCAGUUCUCCUCCACCAGGUGUCGCCUUUUCGUCCACGCGACUGAUUCCCCUUCGCGUUUCCCCUGUGAAGUGUGCCCCCCCGCGGCUCCUGUAGUCGUAGUAAACCAUGGCGUCUGAUAGUGAAGAGGACUUCGUGAGUUACGGGGUUCCUCUGGAGCCUCUGGAAGAAGACGAGCCGAGGAAGAAGCCGGUGCCGCUGCACGAUCAGACGGUGAAGGACGAGAAGGGACGGUUUCAGAGGUUUCACGGGGCGUUCACUGGAGGCUUUUCAGCGGGAUAUUUCAACACUGUGGGCACUAAGGAAGGCUGGGCCCCGUCAACAUUUGUGUCGUCACGGGAACAGAAAUCUGAGAAGCAAAAUGCCCGACCGGAAGAUUUCAUGGACGAAGAGGACUUUGGCGAGCACGGCAUCGCCCCCAGUCAGAUCAGCACUUCUCAGGAGUUCACGUCGAGCCGCAGAGACAAAACCAGAGAGACCGCGAGAGCCGUCAACGCUCAGAGCGCCCUGAUCCCCGGAGACACCACGCUGAAGCAGCUCAUCGCUCCCACACGGUCAUCCGUCGGGGUGGAGCUGCUGCGCAGGAUGGGCUGGAGGGAGGGGCAGGGCGUCGGACCGCGGGUGAAGAGGAAACCCCGUAGGCAGCUGACGGACGGCUCUCUGCUGCCUCCUGCUGGAUCAGAGGAGUCUGAUGAUGACGAUGAGUUUGCCCCGGAGAACGUGACCUUUGCCCCCAAAGACGUGACCCCGGUAGAUUUCAGGCCCCGGCUGGGGGUGCAGGGUCUGGGUUACCGGGGUCUGGACCCGGGCCGGGCUCUGCAGGGCCGAGCGGCGCCGGAUCACAUCGACCUGUUCAGACCUCAGUCUGAGGCCAGGAGUCGGCUGUUCGGAGGAGCCGAGAGAGGAGCGAGGAGAGGAGGCGUCGCCGGACAGGCGUUUGGCAUCGGGGCUCUGGAGGAUGACGAUGAUGAAGAGGUGUAUCAUCGGGACUCCAUGUCCCGGUACGACACGGUGCUGGGGGGGGAGGAGCCGGGCGACGGCCUGUACGGCUGGACGGCUCCGCAGCAGUACACCAAAAAGAGAGACAAAAGCAAAGACGCAGCGUACCUGGGAAAAAUCCUGGAGGGGUUUACUCUGGCCCAAAAAACCCAGGAGCUGAAAACAAUCUUCCCCCCGCCCUCCCUGCCUCGAGACUUCCGUCCCGUCCAUCGUUUCCGUCCCGCUGUGGACGUCUCCCACCUGUCGGGGGUGAGUCCGGCCCUGGCUCAGGCUCUGAGGGCCUCCAGGGGCCACAUGGUGACAGAGGAGCUCCAGCAGGGAGGCCGUCACCAGCUGGACUCCGGCCAGAGGAGGGCGCUGCUGGGGGAGGACGCCCUGCAGGGUCCCAGUUCAGUCCUGGAGCUCCUGAAGCCUGAAGACAGGGAGCGUCUGCUGUCCCUCCGAGCCUCCGCCGGCGUCCUCCCCCCCAACCCCACCCCGCCAACCUUUUCCCAUGAUGCCUUGCGGCCUCCGGCUGCGGGGGGCGGCCUGCAGCAGGAGGCUCUGACGGCAUGGAGGGGGGCUCAGGCGUCCAAUCAGACCUUCAAACCGUUUGACAAGAACCCGAGCAAGCAGGCACGCUACGAGCUGUACGUGAACCGCCUCAAGCAGGGGGACAAAGACGGUCUGGAGCAGAGUCUCGACCCCGGGAUGACGGAGUGGGAGCGCAGCAGGGAACGGGAUGAGUUUGUGCGAGCCUCCAUCCUCUACCGACCGUCCUCCUCCUUCCUGUCGUCCCGCUUCACCAGAGCCAAGAGCGGGGAGGAAGAGGAGAAGGAGGAAGGUGUGGAGGUCAGCAAGGACCAUGAGGUUGUCGUGGACGACCAGCAGGCGGCGGUGAACAUGAAGAUGUUCGGGAAACUGACGAGAGAAACGUUUGAGUGGCAUCCGGACAAACUGCUCUGCAAGAGGUUCAACAUCCCAGACCCUUACCCUGGCUCUGGGUUUGUGGGUCUCCAUAAAGUGAAGAGGGACAAGUUCUCGGUGUUUAACUUCCUGACGGUGACGGAGAGCAGAGACUCAGCAGCUCCUCCUAAGCCUCCGGACUUGGGGAGGAGGUCCAGGUGGGACGUGUCGCAGCAGAAGAAGGAGGAGCAGAAGCAGAGCGACCCGCUGACAGAGCUGCUCAGCGCCGCGAGAAACCAGACGGAGAGCCGAGCAGAUCUGACCUCCGGCACCGAGAGACGGCCUGCAGAGACAGAGGCCGAGAGGAAGUCAGAGGAUCCAGACGAGAAGAAAGCAGGAGGAGAGGAGGAAGAGGAGGAACAGGAGGAGGAGAGCCGGCUUCCAUUGGAUCUGUUUAAAGCCAUCUUCGCCAGCUCCUCUGAUGAAUCCUCUUCUUCAUCAGAGGAGGAGACUAAUGAGGAGGAGCAGGAGGGAAGAGAGGAACCGGAAGUAAAGGCUGAGACGCAACUCUUCAACAUCAGCUCCUUUUCCUCUUCCAUCACCUCCUCCAUCACCCCCUCUAUCACCUCCUCCAUCACCUCCUCUACUUCCAGUCAACAGCAGCACGUCAGGGGACGAGCCUCCCGGGAGGAGAAGGGCAGCCAGAGGAGCAAAGACAAGAAACACAAAGACAAGAAGCAGCACAAACACAAGAAGGAGAAGAAGAAGAAGAAAGGGAAGAAGCAGAAACACAAGGAGAAGAGGAAGGAGGACAGCGACGAGGACACAGUGUCGACUCAGGAGCUGCUCCGGAGACUGAAGAACGUGAAGUCCCGUGAGACCUGGUGACGAAAUGAAGCGUCCUCUGUGAGGACCUCAGGCCUCAUUUUACACAACAUGUUGUGUUUGAAUCAAUAAAACUGUUGUCAUUAA